AUGUCGGAUAGAAGUCCUAGAGAGAUCUCUUACUUUUGGAAGGAUGCCCUUCAAAGGACUAUUUUCUGUGGUAUAAAUCCUGUCGGUUACCCAUCUUUCAAAGAUGGCCAUUUCAACGACAAAAUCUUGGAGGGAAGCGAUCCACUCAAGUCUCUAGAAGAACUUAGAAAUUCGGAGGAGCUCAGUGAUGAAGAGAAAGCAGUCGUUGAAGGCUGCAUCAAAGUAUCAAAACCUUUAUUCGAUAACCCUACGUACAAUAUCCACAAUCCUUUUGAACUAGAGUACGUGGACCUCUGGAACGAGGUCAAAAAGCUCAAUGAAAUGUUCGGGGGUGGCGGUUUUGAUGAAAGCAGAUGCAUUGAUUGUCCGAAAAGAGAGCUAGAAAUUGAGUACAUCUUCGACGAAAAUGGGGUAUUGAAGAGGAUGGUGACGGGUGUAGUCCCAGUGGAAGAUCUGAGUCCCAGGAUUUGGGAUCCAAAAUUUCACCGUUCCUUCAAGGCGGCAAGGGAUAAGCAGUCGCUGCCAAUUCUUAAUGAAUACACUUUGAGUGACGGAAAAUAUGUUGAUGAACCUAUUGAUGAGAAUAGCUCUGGAAGCACGGAGAAUGAAAUUGAUAAAAUACUUGCAAAUGAUUUAAGCAGGUUGGCAGAACAGGAUGAGAAUAGCUUUGGAAGCACGGAGUAUAAAAUCGAUAAAAUACUUGCAAAUGAUUUGAAAAGAUUUGCAAAGCGGGAUGAGAUGAACGUUCGAGAUGGGGCAUAG